AUGGCUGACCCGUUACUCUGCCUUCGCAACAGCACUAUCGCCAUCGCCAUAUGGAACAUUGUUUACUCUGUGAUUCAAAUGGGUGUGAUGGGUUGGCAGACGAAGGAAGUAAGAGAUCGACAGUGGGAAUACGAGGGUCGAGAACUGCCGGCUACUGGAGCGAUUGAUGCUUUUCAAGCACGUUUCCCCGGUCUUUAUGCCAUCUACACGGAAACUCCGGAACGGCGAAGAAUCAACGCAAUGUUCGUCAUUGUGCUGGUGACCCUCUUCCUGGCGUUCGUUCACUUCUUCAUGUCGUUUUCUCUACUCUACGGAGCCAUUAAGGUGUUCUUUAUUUCAGAUGUCUUCAACGAGCAGCUGACGAUGUCUGUUACCGAAUUCGUGAUGUCACUUGCUGUUAAUGUGAUGACUGUGAUCUUCUUCUAUUGGCGAUUGACAGGAAAGCUCACAUCGGAUAAACCGGCCCAACCUCGCCGUCGCUCCAGCAUUUCGGUGGGUAAUUUUGUUGUACUAUUCCAGCAUCUGUAG